AUGUAUUCACUGGACCCACAGGAUAGCGGUUCUGACAGUGAUCCGUCGCCAGACAUACAGUUCUUUCAUACCAUUGAUACGCAACAUACAGCCGACACUGAAGCAUUCGUGAAUAUUGAUAUUGUAUGCCCCCAGAAAUCGGGACAACACUGCUUGCGGUUGAAAGUAGACACUGGGGCAAGUGGUAAUACGUUACCAUUGCGUAUCUUACAGAACAUGUAUGGCGGUAGUUGGCGCUCGGAAUUAAGCCCAACUCUUACGCAGCUCAAAGCGUAUAAUGGUACCGAGAUCCGGUGCGUUGGCACCAUAGAUCUACUAUGUCAGUACAAGGGAUCAAAGUGGGCAGAUCAAACAUUCUAUGUAGUCGACGUUCAAGGACCAGCCAUCCUGGGCCUACCUGGCUGCAAGGCCAUGGUGAUAGUCACGAUCAAUGAGGUACGUAGCACGAUUCCUUAUAUGCGACCAAUCGAGGGCGUUCAUAACUUGAAACGGAAGUAUCCAACGCAGUUCGACACCAUCGGCAACUUUCAAGGAAAGGCUACCCUGCAUCUGAAGGAGAACGCCAAACCGACGAUUAAUCCGCCCAGGAAAUGUAGCGUACACCUACGAGACAAGAUCAAAACAGAAUUGAACAACAUGGAAGGCAAUGGGAUCAUUCGCCAUGUCGAACACCAUACCGAUUGGUGUAGUUCCAUGACUACGGCAGUCAAGAAGGAUGGGUCCCUUCGUUUGUGUCUCGACCCCAAACGGCUCAACGAUGCCUUGAAGAGGUGUCCACACAAGACACCAACAUUAGAGGAAGUUAACCCCACAUUUGCUGGAGCAAGAUACUCUAUGUUGGAUGCAAAAGCCGGCUAUUGGUCGGUUCACUUUGCAGAGGAAUCGCAAGAACUCACAACCUUUCGCACGCCAUUUGGCAGAUAUUGCUUCCAACGUCUCCCUUUUGGCCUCUGCGUCAGUCAGGAUGUCUUCCAGCAGCACAUGAACAGGAUCAUUAGUGGAUGUAUGCAUCGCGGAUGA